CCCACGUGGUUCGCUCUCCGUUUUCACUGGAAUUGUGUCGGGGCGAAUUAUCAAUCGUGCCUCUAAGUAGAGAGACACUCACUGAUUGCUGCCACGACUUAUUUGGCUAAUCGUCACUUGUAAAAUCGAUGAUAACGAAUAAUCGUCGAGUCACAACACUGGUAGUUUUGGUACGAGGGAUCGUGAGAAUUGGUAUCGAACUUUGAUGAUAUCGUGCUUCUAAGUACGAAAGUCAAAAAUCGGUUGACGAGCAAGCGAUUGGAGUAUGAUUCGAGAUGAAAGGAGGAUGGCUUGUUAUGGUUUCGAAUCUUCUUUGUCCGUGGUUUCGUAUCAGUAAACUUAAAUCCAGCCGCCUGUGUGGUCGGGGACUUCUGAUUUGAUAUUCGCAAAACCAAGAACCAUGCCCGGUAUCGUCCAUCUACUCGAGCUCCUGCACGAGGGACUGCUGCUGCUUACUUGAUCGCUGACUCGACGUUAUCUGCUAAGUACUUACCCGAUAUAAUGAACUUCGAUCUGUGCAGAAGCAGCAGGAGCUGCUGCUAACCACGUUCGGAGGCGGGCGCGGGACGUUGUUUCUUACUGGCACUACAACUAGUACCCCGGAGGUGUGGCAAGAAUACGAGGACCAUGCAGAAGUCCCCAGCAUCAAUGCCGGUCGUUCCGGCCCUGAACCUGAAGGAAGCGGCGGCGACCAGCACGACGGGGCCAGUCACUACAGGAACACCAGCGAGCUACAGGGCAACGGCGAUGUCUGUAGCGAAGAGGACGACGCCGCGCACCCCGAGUUCCAGCUCCUCCUCUAGCAAAUUUGUUCCUCCCCCGAGUGAUGCAAGUACAAAUUCAGGAGCAGGAGGAGGACAAGCUCAAGCACCUUCUAGUUCAUCCACAGCUGUAUCUUCCUUUUCAACAUCAUCUGUUAUGAAAGUCGACCACCACGACCAGGAUUACCUGGAUGAAACGUCAGAACCUCCGGUAGUAGCCGUGGAAAAGGACCAUAAGAACCCCUUCUCCGACAACCACCCGGGUUUUUACUUCGCCGAAUCCCAGCUGGUGUGGAGCACCGUGGCGCAGUCGCUUCUGCCCGUGGAGCUGUUUGAGUUGAAGGUGAAGCUGAAUCACUUGUACGGGUUCGGGGAGAAAAUUUCCUGGCGGAACAAGCAAUUGCUACGCGAGCUCCACUGCUUACGGGAAAUCCUGCACGAUUUCCGGGCGCAGAACGACGAUCUGCUGGAGAAAAGGGAAAACGAAGCGCGGGAGAGAGAGACACUGCUGCAGACGCCGCAACGGGACCUACUGAUUCAGAAGUAUUGAUGCUACGGAAUUGGGUUUCUUUUUGUUUUUGAAGUUUCUCUGCAGGAGUCUUCGUUGCUGAUGUUCCAUACUAACUUCGACGUGUUGUGCAGUGUAAAAAUAUGUCGCAUCCUCGCGAUUGCAACAUCAAAAAGAGCAUCUUCUGGCAGUGCAGCCCUCGUGAAGUAGACAACGGCGCUUUUACAAUUUCCAAAAUGUUUUAAGGUGUCUCUCGCUGAUCGAGUCCCUGCGCGAGAUUUCCCGGAAACACAGCGUUCCCCUGCAAACGGUGUUACCGCAAACGGAUUCCGCGGUGCUGACUUUUUUGCUCAACUAUUCGGACUUCGACAAGACCAGCUCCCGGCCGUCCACGGCCCGCGCGAGCAGUAGCUGCUCCGCGCGACCCAGCAGCCGGCUUGCGGGGAGUACCAGUUUAUUCGGCGGGAAUGUUGACGAGGAGGGUGUGGAAGUGCAACCUGCGGGGGCCGACGACGGAGAAACUUCUGGCAGGUUAUUGAACGUCGGAACGCCACUGUCCACAGCCCGGUCUGCCGGGUCGACCCGACCGAGUACGGGAAAAAACCCGAUCGAGAUGAUGCAACAUCAUCACACAACUGGCUCGUCGUGUAGUACUGUUGUGCACAAAAAUCUUCGUCCUCCAGCCGGAGUCGCGGAGAAUAAAUCGACAUUCCAGACAAGAACAGGCGGUGGCAGUUCAGCAUCAUCUAGCGCUAGUUGCAGUUCCACGUCAGGAGCGUCUUGCAGUACGGCCGAAGGGGGGCAGAGUUCCGGCACGGAGAGCAACGCGAAUUCAGCGACCUCGUCCUCCUCCAGUUCCCCAACGACGGAAGCGGAGAUGUUGAACCUUGCCGAUAGUAGUUCCGCGUCUCCUGCGAGAGAAAUUUCUCACAAGGACGAAGAUAAAUCUACUGCUUCCAGAACACCAGCGGGGACCACGGCGACUACACAAGGGGGGAAUAAAAUGCAAACCGAGGAUCAUGUCGAUGGCGGAACAACUACACCCACAGCAGUAGAGUCCUCCAGCAACACAAAAACUUCUGAGCAGGAACAACCCGCCCAGGCUCAGAAGUUCAACAAAAAGCAGCUUUUGCAGCUGGCCACGAGUGUGAAAGAGGCACUGACGGAAGAGUACAAGCACUUGAUGAAGGCGAUUGAGCGCACGCAAGCCGACUUGGACGAUGAGUUGCUGUAUCGGGAUGACUAUCAAAUGUAAAAAUGUCUGGGUCCUCUGGAAGGUUGGAACUUGUGAUGCUAACUUUGUACUCUAAAAACAUCUGUAUUGCAUGACCAGCAAGAGGAAUCUAGUUUGUGCUACGCGGGGAGGGCAUUUGUGAUACGGAGUAGGCAUCAGGAAGCCCUCUAAAAAUCUGUGAUGUUACUAGGUCGUGCAUCACACACAAUCCUGGGUCGUGCAAAAUAUGCAUGACAAACCCUGCAACAUUCCAGACCCAGACAUUUUUGCAUUUGAUAAUGACACGGUUAAACGUCUCCGUGCACACGACAGCGUCACGCUGGUCAGCUCGCAACGGUUGCAGGUACUACGGAAUGCGUUGGUCUUGUUCUACUUACUUGGUGCGAUAUGGAUGCAUUUUGAAGGCAUGUGCUUUCUGUUUUAUUUACAAAAACCAUUUCUUAAAAUACUACAACAUAAAUAUCAGGAAUUUUCCCUCUCCCUUACCGAAGCGGUGCGGCUCGGAAAGUUGGAAAAGCCCGUGUUUCGAGAGAACAAGCAAUCGUCUUCCCAACGGCUGCGCUCUCUCGUUUCCCUCUGUCGCAGCGGCGGAGCGGCGGUUGGUGGUGGGGCAGAUAAUCUUCAUACUGACGGUAACAACUUGCGCAGUACUGAAGAUGUUUCCGCCCGUGUAGGUCGUUCGCCGAAGAUGGAAUUCUCAGGCCAACCACGACCAUCUUCCGGCGCCGAACUGGCAGCGAGAGAGGAGCAGAAGCCAUGUAGAAGUUCCGCCAUGGUCGCAGUAGAAGAGAGCAGCAGUAGAACUACAGUGGCAACAGCGCAGAAGGACACGACCGCGCUAGCCUUGGCGAAGUCAGCGGGAGUGGACGCAACCAUGGCAGAUCUGUUCUUCUCGUGACGUAGAUGCUGUGCGAAAAGUAAUCUUGCACCUGGUGCCGGCAUCGAAAAAAUCCGUACCAACGUAUACGAUUUCGCUCCACAGGUUAUCCUUGCAAUGCUUCAAACGUUGUUUACAUUAC